AUGGCGUGCGCGGGGUUGCUCACCGUGUGCCUGAUCCGGCCGCCCGCGCCCGAGCCCCCGCGACCCCCCGCGCCCGCGCCCGCCGCCGGGCCCGCCGGACACGCGCUCUUCCAGGACGUUUUCCGCCGAGCAGACAAGAAUGAUGACGGGAAGCUCUCAUUUGAAGAAUUCCAGAAUUACUUUGCCGAUGGGGUUCUCAGCCCCGGGGAGCUGCGAGAGCUGUUCAGUGGUGUUGAUGGGCAUCCCGCUGACAAUUUGGAGACGGAGAAACUGUGCGACUACUUCUCUGAACACCUGGGCGUCUACCGGCCUGUGCUGGCGGCGCUGGAGUCGCUCAACUGUGCUGUGCUCACUGCCAUGGACACCACCAAGCUGGAGUAUGAGCGGGCCUCCAAGGUGGACCAGUUUGUGACACGCUUCCUACUGCGGGAGACGGUGAGCCAGCUCCAGGCCCUGCAGAGCUCGCUGGAGGGGGCGUCAGACACUUUGGAGGCCCAGGCCCACGGCCCACGGUCCGAUGAAGAGAGGGUGGAGGUGCCGAGCCGGCCCCGAGGCAGCCGGCGGGCAGGGCGCAGGGCCCUGCGGAGCGUCAGUCGGUCAUCCACCUGGUCUCCUGGCUCCGCCAACACAGGGCAGAGCUCCGAGGCUGAGAUGCAGUGGCGGCUCCAGAUCAACCGCCUCCAGGAGCUCAUCGACCAGCUGGAGUGCAAGGCGCCCCGGCUGGAACCCCUGCAUGAAGAGGAGCUGACCAAGGGGCCCAGCUCGCACAUCCUUGUGGCCCAGAGGCAGGUGCAGGUGGCAGAGGAAGCCCUGCAGGACUUCCACCAUGCCUUGUGCUGCUACGUGGACUUCACGGGGUCCCAGAGCCACUGCCUGCAUGUGUCUGCCCAGAAGAUGCUGGACAAGGCUUCCUUCACCCUGUACGAGUUCUGGCAGGACGAGGCUUCCUGGAGAAGGCACCAGCAGUCCGCCUGCAGUAAGGCCUUCCAGCGCAUCCUCAUUGACCAUCUACGGGCUCCAGACACCCUCACCACUGUGUUCUUCCCAGCCUCCUGGUGGAUUAUGAAUAAUAACUGAGCCUGAUCUGCACAAGCUAAGGACCCCUGAGCCCUGCCUGCCUCCUCCUGGAGCUUCUGGACUGGUCAGCUCCACUCAGCUCAAGACCAGAACGCUGCCACCUCCGCACCUGGGGCCUGGCUCUCAGCCUCCCGGAGCCAGCUGGUGGAGUCUCACAGCCCAGGGAUCAGAGACUGGGCUGCUUGCUUCCUCUUUCUUUAACAGUGUGUUUUAUUGCUUAUAGCUUCGGCCUCUGAGAUACCCUGGCCUCAGGAAGCCUGGAUUCUGGUCCCCUCUGCCUCUGCCUUGCUGUGUGACCAGGGCAGGUCCCUUCCCUCUCUGAGGUGGCCUGAGGCUAUCUGGCUACCUAGUGGGUGCCUGCUUUCUUCUUGCUGUCUUGGGACUAGGCUUCUGCUCUUCCCAGCCAGCAGCAGAGCCAGGGCUGAUGCUCAGGAACUAUCCUCCACCCUGCCCCCAUCCUCGAUCCCCAAGACUGGGCUGGAUCAGUCUGCCGUAUGGGCAAAGGACCUGGGGGUCCCCACCCACUUCCUGGGCCGGCGGGCUCCUGACGCUUUCAGCACCUGUGGCUGCACCAGAGCCCUCCAGAGGAUCCUGGAUUGGUUUGCAUGUUAUUUGCAUAUUAUUUGCAUGCUUAUUCCCACCCAUACUCAGGGCACUAUGGGAAGCCCCAGGGUGACCUUGCUAGGUAGCAAUAAUUUGGGCCCAGAGUCACCUGCU